GGUCGAGACUCGGAUGUAGAACUAAAUCUAAAAAUAGCAACAGUCCGCUCUUUCCUUCCCCCCUCCAUCCUGCAGUCCGAUUUCUCUGCUUCUCGUACCCUAUCUAAAGUCCUACGAGGUCAUGCGCAAUAACUUAUAACUUACACCGCCAUGAAGAGAAAAUUCGGACACUCUGCUCCUACGCUUUACUUUCGCGAUGGCAUACUCUCGAUCCCUGGCUAUACGCUCGAGAAGGCGCUACCAUGGAAGGAUACUGGGAGUCUCACUCUGCUUGCCGAGGGAAGCAGCUUGAAGGAUGGAUCCAGCGUGCUUGCAAAGAUCGCCCCAGCCCAGUCAAACGGCUCGAUGUGCUUGGAACGCGAGGCCCACAUACUCGCGAAGAUGGCGACGUUCCCGGAGGGGAACACGACUACACUACGCAUGAUCGACUUCUUCACAAUCCCGAAGGACGCGGGCGACGUGGUCGUGCUACUGCUCGCGCAUCCUGGGCUCAAUCUGCUCAGUCGUCAUCUACCAUCAAGCAAGAUUAACGACCUACUACUAUCGGAGGUCAUGCCAGCGACGACGGCGUUCGGAGACGUGUACAUGAUGGGGAUAGAAGAGCCCGACCUGGAGGAGAUUGAGUCCCUCGAGAUCAUCGACCUUGCAUCUUUCCUAGAAUUCGCCGUGCAGUCCACCCACUGCUUAGAGGUUGCCCACAAAGCCGGCGUAUUCCAUCGCGAAGUUCGCGCGAACGCGUUCCACCUCAACUCCCACUCCGGUCUCGUGCGCCUCGUCCACUUCGGCAACCGGGCCGUGUCCCUCGAGAACUUUGGCUCCCCAUCCGCCCUCGUCAUCAAUGCCUUCCAUGAACACGAGAAGCUGAGGGUGAAGGAGGCGCUCUGCUAUCUUGCGCCGGAGCAGACGGGCAGCUAUGAGACGAUGACCCAGGAUCACCGCACGGAUCUCUACUCCCUCGGAAUCCUCUUCUGGACUUUGCUGGUUGGCAGAGGACAGAUGCCUUUCGAAGGCGAUCCCCUCGAGCUCCUUCACGCAAUCGUGCAGAAGACGCCCAUGCCGGUACACGAGGUCCGCCGAGACGUCCCUCAAGUUCUAGCCGCGAUCGUAGCCAAACUCCUCGAGAAGCACCCUGAUGACCGCUACCAGAGCGCCUACGGGUUGAAGGAGGACCUCAUCGAAUGCCAGCGCCGCCUCCUCGCCGCCGUCGCGUCCGCCACGAACGAGAACGCGGAGCUGAUUCCCUUCUUCGAGAUCGCCAAACAGGACCGCUUCAUGGAGUUCUCGCUUCCCAUCGCGCUCUUCGGCCGCGAGAAGGAGCUGUCGACGAUCAGCGGCGUCGUCAAGUCGCUCACGUCGUCCCAGCCGAUGUCGGCCUCCGGCGGGAGCGUCGUGCACCACUCGUCGUCCGGUAGCCACGAGAUCAGCCACACAAAUCCGGGCGCGACGGACGAGCGCGUGAGUGAGGAUAUGUCGUCGACGGGGAGCUCGUCGCCGAGAGGGCGGAGCGUAGACAGGAUGGACCGCAGCGUAGAGCAUAGCCCGAAGAUGUCGAGUACGAGCGCGAGCAGGACGAGUCCCUCGCAUGAUGUGACGACGUCGGCCAGCGGGCAUGCUCCUACUGCUACGUCGGCGACGCCAAGCGAUCUGCGAAGGACGGCGUUGAGGACGAAGGCGAGGUCGGUGCGAACGCAUACGAUUGUAAUUGUUGGGCCGCCGGGAGUGGGGAAGAGCUCGAUGGUACUGGCGAACCAGGCGGAAUGGAGACGGUACGGCGUAUGGGGGCAAGCCAAAUUUCAGAACAUCGACGCUGCUCCCUUCUCCGCCUUGCUUUCAUGCCUAUCCUCCGUCCUUCGUCAGCUUCGCGUCUUCUCUACCGAUCUUCACCGCUUUGUCACCGCUCUACGUCAACGCCUUGGCCCCCAGCUCAAUAACAUUCCUCUCCUUUACCAAGGCGCGCCAGAGCUCCGCGACAUCCUUGCGAUGUUCAACAUCGUGCUAGAGCUGCCGCACGAGGCGCGCGACUCGAACGAGCUACGUGUCCGAUUCCAGAGCUUGGUGGUGAACGUGUUGGCGGUGGUUGCAGAGACGAGGCUGUUUGCGCUUUUCCUCGACGACGUGCAUGAAGCAGACGACUCGGCGCUGGACCUUAUCUCGACGAUAGUAAAUUCGAAGAACAGGAUGCUCGUCUUCAUGACCAUGCGCUCGGACCGACCGGAUGCCAUCGACCGUGUUCGCCAGAUGUUCUCUUCCCGAAGUCGCCCGACGUGGCUUAACGUCGAACCACUGUCGUUUUCCGCGGUGUCGAUCCUCAUCGCCCGGACGCUGCGCCGGCCCCGCGACGACGUCGCCGCCCUGUCGAGGUUUAUCUACAACGCAUCGUCAGGGAAUGCUUUUUCGGCGAGGAGUUUGUUGACGGCCUUGCAGAGGCGGGGGCAUAUCAAGUUCGACUGGGAUAGGAAUUAUUGGAUUUAUGACAUGGCGUCGAUCGAGGGCACUUUGUCGUCGCAGGGGUCGGCGAACCCGACCGACUUGAGCUUCCUGACGACGCAGCUACGCUCUCUGCCCUCCGAGGCGCGGCGAUACCUGCUCUGGGCUGCCCUGCUUGGCGAGACGUUCAAGGUCACGGAUGUCGCGUCGAUGAUGGAUAAGGAGGAGUCGAGUAGCAGCGGGAGCGAGGAGGACACGGACGACGUCUGGAGCGCUCACAAGGCCGCACCAGUCACUGCGCCCGGCGCUGGGCGUGGGUCGAUGCGUGGCUUGCAGACGGCGUUGACGGAGGGCUGGCUGAUCCAGCGCGCGAGGGACAUGUGUAGCUUCGCGCAUGAUCGAUACAGGCUAGCGGCGCAGGCAGAGCUGGAUUCGUUGAGGCCAGAGGCGCUGGCCAAGAUGUCGUUCAGGAUCAUACUACAGAUGAUGCAGCAGCCGUCCCCGGAUUUGUAUAGGAUCGCGGAGUAUUCGAAGCGGUGCCUGCCACUGCUCACGAACCAUCCGAAGCGCGACGAGCUGCUGGUAUUGCUGGUAGAUGCCGGGGAAGACGCCUGGGCUCGCGGGGCGCAUGAGCUGGCGAUCCGAUCCUUCGAGAGUGCCAGGACCUUACUUGGCGACGACCCUUGGAAGACCAAAGAGGACAAGAAGGCAUUUGGCGUGAUGCUUCGUCUGGCUGCGCUGUAUAAUUGGAAAGGUGACUACACCGCUUCCGACGGCAUCAUUCGCGACACCCUUGCACACCUGGACGAGCCUGAGGACAAAGCGAACAUGAUUCGCAUUCAGGCGCGGAAUCAGUUCCUCCGCGGCAACUUCGCCGCCGCUCUCGACGAUACGCUUGAGGCUCUUCGUCUAUUGAACGUGCCUCUACAGGCCGCGCCGACGGAGAAGGAGGCAACGGACAUGUUUGAGCGGGUCAAGAACGAGAUUCUGGCCGUGGGCUACGACCAGAUCCUGGCCAUUCCGCAUACGAGCGAGUCAAGAUCAGAGCUGACCGUCACGUUGCUCAACGAUGCGGGAUUGAACGCCUACUGGAGCCCUUCACAUGAUACGUUCUCCGAGGUCAUUGGUUUGACCACGAUGCAGCUUGCACUGCGCAACGGAAUUGCCACGGGCACUGCCUUGGGCUUCCUGUGGGCUCUGGGAGGUGCUGCGGAGCGUCGUGGACAGUACCGGCUCUCCGUGGCGCUCGGUAACGUCGCCUUGCGCCUUGCAGAACGCUAUGGAGGGAGCGCCGAGAAGUGUACGGCGCAAGUUCUGUACACGGCGCUUGUGUCCGGCUUCGCCAAUGUGCACCUUCGUGUCAACAUCGCGAAGUUGGAGGAAGCCAUCAAGUACGGCUACAGCGCCGGCGAUCGCCUCUUCACUGGAUAUGCCUUGAUAUACACAGUCCAGAACAAGCUGUAUGUUUGCGAGCACAUCUCGGAGCUGAUCACAACCGCGGAAGACUGCGUGGCAGACCUCAAACUCUGGGCCUCGUCAGGAUCAGGCGAUCAGAUCGUCCUCGGCAAAGGGAUUCUCAACCUCAUACGGGCCCUUGGUGGAUAUACGUACGCCCACAGUGCUGAGACGGCGUUUGACACGGAGGACUUCAAUGAGCAUGAGUAUAUCACCGAGAUUACCCGGACGUCGGGCAACAUCGAGAUGGUCAUGAACUGGUACAACGCCUUCAAGCUCGUGGGCUACUUCUGCCUGGGCUUUAUCAAGGAGGCCUGUGAUUUAGGCUUUUCUAUCUACGAGACAAGAGAAAUGCAUCCCAAUCAUCGCCACGUACGAUAUGCGCUGUUCUUCCAUACGCUCGCUAUGAUCUCUCGAUUGCGGGACAACAACCUUUCGGAAGCUGAGGUCAUUGUCUACAAGAAGCAGAUCCAGACCAACAAGUCCUUUAUCCUGAGAUGGGCUUCUCCCAGCCCCGUCAACACAACCACGUGGAUUGCUCUGAUUGACGCGGAGUUGUCCUCCCUGGAGAAUAGCCCGGAUGCCUUCCGCAAGUACGACAAGGCCGUCAAGCUCGCCGUUGACUACGACUGGCUGCUUGAAGAGGGGUGGGCUCUGUACAUGCAAGGAUCGCACUUCGUGCGCUGCGGCGUUGAGGGUUUGGGGACGGAGCUGCAGCGCCGAGGCAUAGCUCGCCACCGCCAGUGGGGAGCACGUGGGAUCGUGAACUACCUCACUUUGACCUCCACCUUCUCUUCGCAGUAUUCCAUGAAGCGGUCAAUCUUCACCGCUAGCGUCGCUGUACAGACCGAAAGCGUCGUCGUCGGUCAUGGGUCGCACUCACAACCUAUAUACGGGCCACCUACGCAAAUGGACACGGGCGAGGACCAUGCGGCCAACUUGAGCGCAGGCGAUUUGGCAGCCAUCCUGCAAUGGAGCAAGGACUUAUCCCGCGACAUCAACCUAUCUUCUGCGCUCCAGCGACUUACGGAGAUCUCGACGGAGACGUCAGGAUCAUUGAACACUUGUGUGGUCAUCACUAGGGAAGUCGGUGACUAUACAGUUGCUACGAGCAUGAAAGCAGGUGGACCAUGCCUGGUACACGAGAACGCGAUUUCGUUGCGAGAACUCGAUGACCCAUUGCAAGUUGCAAUCCUCCAACACACGCUGAACUCGAAGGAACGCGUGUACUACGAAGACGCAUCAACAGAUCCCAGAUUCGCUUCGGAAGCCACGCAAACGGCGCUUCGGUCCGUUAUCUGCCUUCCGAUAUUCAGUAAUCGCGGCCAAACAUUCGGCGCCGUAUACCUGGCGAACUCAUCUCCGUUCUCCAAGAAUACGCUGUCUAUCAUGACAUUGUUAUGUCAGCAGGCCAGCAUUAGCAUCGCGAACGCCCUUUUGUUCCGUUCGGUGCAGACGGCAACUCGGGAGAACUUGAAGAUGAUCGCUGCGCAGAGGGAUGCCCUGGAGGCCGCACGAAGGAGUCGUGAAGACGCGCUGAAAGCGACGAAGAUCAAGAGUAACUUCUUGGCUUCGAUGAGCCAUGAGUUGCGGACGCCGUUCAGCUCGUUUUACGGCCUUCUCGAUCUACUCAGCGGCACGAACUUGGACAGUGGUCAACGCGAAAUCGUCCAGACUGCGAAACAGUCGUGCGAGCUGCUGCUCAAGAUCAUCGACUCCAUCUUGGACUACAGCAAGCUGGAAGCAUCUGCUCUCAAGCUGGAGCCUAGUGGGUUCCUUGUCGAGAACAUCAUCGCCGACUGCAUGGAGCUGCUCCUUCCGAUGGCCGUACAGAAGCUUGAUCUGUCCUUCAACAUCGAGCCCGACGUACCAUCAUGGGUAUUUGCUGACUACGCUCGCAUACGACAAGUCUUGAUGAACCUCAUCGGCAACGCUGUCAAGUUUACUGCGGGUGGCUACGUUCGGGUGUUCUGCUCCGUCGACACAUCUGCUACGGUUGCGGCGGGCGAAGUGCAGCUGAAGUUCGUCAUACAAGACACGGGCAUCGGGCUGUCAUCCAGCGAUGUCGACCAACUGUUCGUUCCAUUCCAGCAGGCGGAUAACUCCUCGACUCGCAAAUUCGGUGGAACGGGCCUGGGGUUGUCGAUCUCUCGGCAGCUAGUCACGCUCAUGGGAGGGGCCAUCGGUGUCCAGUCAGAGAUCAACGUUGGGUCGAAGUUCUGGUUCACAAUACCUGUCAAGCUUCACAAAGACGACGUAUCGCAGAAGGCCAUUGCCGAACUCAAUGAGCUUCGUGCGGCGCUACGCAAGGGCGCCUUCCACGUGCUUGUCAUAUCGCCUUCCGAGGUCACUCUCGCUCUCUUAAACAACAUGCUCUCGUCGGCCGGAUGCAACGUCACGCUCAUAUCUUCGCUACGCGAGGCCAAGGCACGGUUACCCAUCAUCGGUUCAGCACCCGUCAAGCUCGACUUCGUCCUCCUCGACGAUCAAUCAGAAAGACACGUCGACGAGUUCACGGGCUUCAUGGUCGACCUCAAUCUACCGGGCCUGUCGGCAACGAAGCUUAUCCACCUUUACACGCCGACGGCCAACCGCACAUCCUCGUCUGUCUUCAGCGCGAGCUCCGAUCGUGUUAUACGGAUGACCAAGCCACCACGAACGGCACGACUACUGCAGUUGCUCGCGGAACUGAAGAACCUGCAGCCAGCGGCCUCCACGCAGCCACGAUCGGAUGUUUCAAAGGCACUAGAUGAUCUUAGCGCAGCGCAGCGAACGUUGUUCGGGAAUGUCCUCGUUGCAGAAGACAACAUCGUCUCGCAGAAUCUUUUGGUCAAGCAGCUGGAGAAGUAUCAACUCAAGGUCACUGCGACUUCGAACGGCGAAGAAGCCAUCGCGGAAUGGGAAUCCCACGAACCUGGCUACUUCAGCGUUGCGCUCUUCGAUCAUCACAUGCCUAUCUGUGACGGUGUAGAAGCUACGAAACGACUUCGCAUACUAGAGAACAAGCGCAAAUCCCCGGUCGUUCUACCUAUCGUCGCGCUCAGUGCAGACUGCCAAGAAUCCACGAAGAAGCUCUGCAUGAGCGCGGGCAUGAACGGCUUUUUCAGCAAGCCGCUCAAGAAACCCGACCUCGCUGCGUUGUUGUCCAUGUUCGGCCAUCCACCAUACACCUUAUAAUGAGCCGCGCCGUUCCAUAUACUAGGGCUUUUUAGUAGAUAUGUACGAACAUUGAUAUGUAUUACCCGCCUCACUGCAACACGCGCUAUCCGUCUCGUCAGUACUAGUUCAUGCUUGCUUUGUACCUUUGUAUCCUUAUUUAACAUCUGGAUCACCUUUGCGUUGCGGUUGGCUAUCCUCGCGCAAGCGUAGAAAUUGCUUGAGUCCUCGGACAUCCACUCUUUGGUA